UACAAUAAAUAUGUACAAGUGUAGGUAGUAAACUGUGUUCUGACGUGAGUUAUGUGAAGUAUCGGGAGAGUGAAAGAAAAUAUCUCUCAGAUUAUCAUACACGAGAAUAAAUCAACUCUAACGUAUAUAUUCAGUUUUUGGAAAGAUAUCAGCAUCAGAAACUUUGAUGGAUUCUGCCACAAUGGCAUUUCCUGAAAAAUAUGGAUCAAAGGAUCGAACUUUUGCAGUCAACUUCACCUGUCAGCGUUGCUGUCAACCACUGAAAUUGCAUUCUUCUUUUACAGAAUUAGAUGAUCAAACUUUAUCUGAAUUAUCACUUCCUUUGUAUCCAAAUACUGAUGGAGAUGAAAAUGAAUUGAUUAAAGCAUAUCAACAACAGUGUGAUGAGAGUAGUGUAAUGAGAAAAAUUGUUAUGCCAAUAAAUUGUGCAGAUGCAACGAGUGAUUUUAUGGUUGUUGGUGAGCUGACUAGUUUGCCAUUGGACAGUUGCCAGUCUUUGAAAGUUACUGCUGCUCUUUUCAACAUUAUGUCUAGUCAGUCGGAUGUUGACCAUCCAUUAUGCGAAGAGUGUACAGAUACUUUACUUGAUCAAAUGGACCAGCAACUGAGGAUUGCUGAAGAUGAAUGCAAAGAGUAUCGAGAUUUUCUGGAACAUCUGGAAAUGGGUAGCGAUGAAGAUGAUUUAGAAAAACUACAGAAUGAUCUCAUGAAACUUAAAGAAGAGGAAGAACAACUUGAAGCUCAGUUGUGUGAAAUGGAAACAAAAGAAAAAGAAUUAAGAAGAAUUUUAAAAGAAUGGGAAGAUGAAAAUGAUGCAUUACAAAGAGAAGAGGAUAAGCGAUGGCAAGAUUAUUGUCGUAUAAAAAGGCAGCUAUUAAUAUCUGAAGAUGAUCAGCGUAGUGUUAAUAAUCAAUUGAAAUAUGCCCAAGCACAACUUGAUAAACUGACAAAAACAAAUGUUUUCAAUGCAACUUUUCAUAUUUGGCAUAGUGGCCAUUUUGGAACAAUAAAUAAUUUUAGACUAGGAAGACUACCUAAUGUACCCGUUGAUUGGCCAGAAAUCAAUGCUGCAUGGGGCCAAACAGUACUAUUGCUCCAUUCAUUAGCAAAAAAAAUUAAUCUUACUUUUGAGAGAUUUCGUUUAGUACCUUAUGGUAAUUUGUCUUACCUAGAAUCUUUAGAAUCCAAAUCCAAGGAUUUGCCACUUUAUUGUCAUGGGGGAAUAAGAUACAUGCUAGAUAAUAAAUUUGAUCAAGCAAUGGUUGCAUUUCUUGAUUGUUUGCAGCAAUUUAAAGAGAAAGUUGAAAGUGGCGAUGCAUCUUUUCAUUUACCUUACAAAAUGGAUAAAGGUAAAAUAGAGGAUAAAAGUACAGGAAAAUCAUAUUCAAUUAAAAUUCAGUUCAAUUCAGAAGAACAAUGGACAAAGGCUCUAAAAUUUAUGCUAACUAAUUUAAAAUGGGCCUUAGCUUGGGUGUCUACCCAGUUUCAAAAUAAUGCACCUAGUCGUUUUUGAUUCUUGAUGGGUAUUUAUGAAUUCCAUAACAGCAUAUUCUGAAUUCACCUGAAGCGGGUAUUUGUGUUUUUCAUUUUGAUAAAUUUAGAAAAGCAUAAAGAGUGUGUGAUGAAACUGACUAUUUUCAUUUCCCUAUUUCUUUGUAUUAUAUGAAAUAAUUUACAUUUUCAUUGUUCAUAAAAGCUUUCAAUAGUAGAGAAAUUUUUUCUGUGAUGUGGUUUAUUUUAUUGAACUAUAUAGCAUUUAAAUAUGUUAUGUAAUUUAUUAUGACUUACAAAACUGUUGUGAGUGAUUGCAUAGAGCUUGUGAAAAUUAUAAAUAAAUGUAUAUUUAAUACAAAUCUUGAACACAGUAAGAUUCUUUUCCCAGAUUGAUAUCAAAACCAGCUGGAACAAGUGAGUCAGGUCCACACAUAACAAUUUGUUUCUCUGGAUUUCUGAAAUGGAAGA